CUGUGGAUAAAGAGAAGUUUUGUGACUUGGUCAUAAGACAACGUUGAAUCGUCACUCAUAAUCAUAUAUAUAUAUACUAUAACCUGAAGAAAGAGUAACGAAAUGAAAGAUUCUCUGACAAUCUAGUUUCGGGGGAUGCUUGAGAAAGCAAGAUGGAAGACUCGUGUCUUGAAGAAGCCGUGAAAUGGAUAAGAGACCUGGCAGAUGGUACUAUGGGUCAUGAGGUAGAGACAAUAACCACAAGGGGUAUCCGGGUUGCAAAGGCACACAGAGGUUUCCUCCUUUGUGACUUCAUCAUACACAAUGGCUUGUUGGAUGAAAAUGAAAAUUGGCAUGUGGGUGCAAUAGCAACAUUAGUUGACAUCAUUGGCAGCAUUGCCUCCUACUCCUUUAGUACUUCAUAUAAACAUGUCACUAUUGAUUUCAGUAUAUCAUACUACUCAACGGCAAAGGAUCAGGUAGAGGCUGAAGUAGAGGCAAAGGUUAUAGGAAAGAAGGAUGAAUUGACUUCUGUGAUUGUGCAAGUUAGGAAAAAGGAGAAUGGUGAAUUGAUUGCUUUGGGAAAGCUAUGGAUGGCAGUUGCUAGAAGGAAUGCAAGACACCAGGCUAGUAAACUCUAACUUCUUAAUUUGGUGCUUCAAUACAAGACCCUCGGAGAGUAAUUUCAGUGCUUCCUUUACAUAUUGUUUCUUGGAGAUACCCUAUCAUAUUAAAAGAAACCGUUUCAAUCAACCUCAUUUCAAUCAACCUCAUUUCAAUCGAUAUUAGCAUUGGACUCUUAAUUACAUAUAUGUAAGACCUAUCUUUAUUGAUCA